UGUCCGAGUUCCCGUCCAAUAUGUUCUAUGAAGGAACGCUUCAGAACGGUGUCACCGCACCUGAACGGUUGAGGAAGAAUGUGGACUUUCCGUGGCCGGUGCCUGAUACGCCUAUGUUCUUCUACCAGAACCUGGGACAGGAGGAAAUCUCGAGCAGUGGAACUUCGUUCCUUAAUAGGACUGAAGCGUCCAAUGUCGAGAAGAUCGUCACCAAGUUCUUCAAGUCGGGCGUCGUACCUGGACAAAUCGGUGUCGUCACCCCGUACGAAGGGCAGCGGUCCUACAUCGUCAACUACAUGCAGUACAACGGCUCCUUGAAGAAAGACUUGUACAAGGAGAUCGAAGUCGCGUCGGUCGACGCGUUCCAGGGUCGUGAGAAGGACUACAUCAUCCUCAGUUGUGUCAGGAGCAACGAGCACCAGGGCAUCGGUUUCUUGAACGACCCUAGGCGUUUGAACGUCGCGUUGACUCGUGCGAAGUACGGCGUAGUCAUACUCGGUAAUCCCAAGGUUUUGAGCAAGCACCCUCUUUGGCACUACCUCCUCACCCACUACAAGGAGAAGGGCUGUCUCGUCGAGGGUCCCCUCAACAACCUCCAACCCAGCAUGAUCCAAUUCUCCAAGCCCCGUCGCACCCUGGUCAAAUCCAUGGACCAGUACCGCCGUCACGACACUAGCGCGCGCGAAUACCUCAACGGAGGCAACCCCAACGCGCCCAUGUCCUCUGGAUCCCCCAGCCGUUUCGACGCCUCGUUCUAUCGCACGCACGACGCACUCAACUACAUCCCUUCAGACCUUCGUUCCCAAGCGACAUAUUCCUCCGGCCUUCCCAUCUUUGGUACCACAGGCCCCUUCAGCUCCAACAUGUCCGUGCAAUCUGGACGUGGAGGGCCAAGUGGUGCGAAGCGUAGCGCGUAUGGCUCGUACGCCUCUUCCAUCAUCUCCCAGGACGGUCCGGUGGACAGCGGGAGCAGUGUCGUUCCCUCUGUUUCCGAGAGGGUGGCGUACUCACAGAGCGACAGGCUCAGAAGGAGAACCAGUUUCGGGAGCGUCGGCGGACAGAGCGAAAUGUCGAGCUUGAUAAGCGGCGCCACGGGCUUCGACUACAAGAGCCAGGACGAAGCAGUAGACAUGGACGACAUGAAGAGUCAGUAUGCUGGUACCCAGAGCGGCGUCACGGCGUUCUAAGCGCCCUUCGUUGCGGACGACUACCUAACAAGAAGGUCGCAUAUCCUGCUUCUGACCCUCCCUCCACUACUCUUCAGUGGGAGGCAAUUGCGAGCCGCCUUGGGUUUGUCUUGCCGCUGCUUGGCCUCGCGGCUUGCGACCAAGCGUUGCUUUGAAUCGGCCAUGCCCCUUCAGUCGUCCUCACGGCAGCACGUUUCGGUGCUCUCGAUACGAUACGAUACGAUACGAACGUCCCCCGUCUCGGCCGCGAUGUCGCAUCGCACAUCCUCUCUACAACGCAUAACCCCCAUCUUCUCCAUCAACCUCAUCAUCCUGAUCCGUUCGUCCAACGUCCCGAAACUUGUCAAGUCGUGCUCCAGGGUCGAGUUACUCUUCCGCCAGCGAUCGGAUACCGUUGUCCCAGACAUUCAGCAUCACUCUGCAGUACCGAUCGCAGUACAUGAUGAGAGCGUCUGUUCAAACUCCCUCUCGUCAUCGGGGAUGCGUGGUAUACGGCACCUGAUGAAACACUUUCCCUGUAUGCUCCUGUUUCCUGAUAGCCGUACAUGUCUGUUGGUGUCGAUGUCGAUGUUGAUGUUGAUGUCGUGGGUGGUAGUGAAUAAAUAUCUUGAACCGC